CAAGCUCAGGCCGGACAUCACGUGACACGCCCCAAACCAACCGGGUUUGAAUAAAAAUUUUUUUUUCCUCCUCUCCUUUUCUCCCCUGCCAGCGGCUGCUGUGCAGUCACAUCUAUCUAAAAUGGCGACCGUGGAACCGGAAAUUGUCAAUCCUCAAGAAGAAGAGAAAACAGAGACUAGUCAGGAGAUUGUGAACCCUGAGCACUACAUUAAACAUCCACUACAGAACAGAUGGGCCUUGUGGUUCUUCAAAAAUGACAAAAGCAAAACUUGGCAGGCCAACCUUCGUCUAAUUUCAAAGUUUGACACCGUUGAAGAUUUUUGGGCGCUUUACAAUCAUAUCCAGUUGUCUAGUAACUUAAUGUCGGGUUGUGACUACUCACUCUUUAAGGAUGGGAUUGAGCCAAUGUGGGAAGAUGAAAAGAAUAAGCGUGGAGGUAGAUGGCUAAUUACUCUUAACAAACAACAAAGAAGGAACGACCUUGAUCGGUUUUGGUUAGAGACGCUCAUGUGCCUUAUUGGAGAGUCUUUUGAUGACCACAGUGAAGAUGUAUGUGGAGCCGUUGUAAAUGUUAGAUCAAAAGGAGAUAAAAUAGCAAUCUGGACUACUGAAUGUGAAAACAGGGACGCUGUUACACAUAUAGGGAAGGUUUACAAGGAAAGGUUAGGACUUGCCCCGAAAGUAGUGAUUGGAUAUCAGUCCCAUGCAGACACGGCUACUAAGAGCGGCUCCACUACUAAAAAUAGAUUUGUUGUUUAAGAAGACGCCUUCUGAGUAUUCUUUCAUAGGAGACUGCGUCAAGCAAUCGCGACUUGGGAGCUGUACCAAAGCCUCUACAAAAGCAGAGUGGACUGCAUUCAGAUUUGAUUUCCACCUCAAUAUUGCUAAGAUUUGUGAAAGUCAUUCGCCUUCUUGUCUUGUGCUAUGUUCAAAUUCACUCACAUUUGACUUUUUUUUUUUUUUUUAACCCGUUUUUGGUAAAAGUUAUCCAAUCAAAACAUUUCAAUGCGCAAAUGCCCUUCCUCCCAAUAUCCUCAGUGGUUGCCCAAGUGAUCUCUGUAAUAGAUUUUUUUUUUUUUAAAGUUCUUUACUAUUACAGAAAUAUUUAUCCGCAGGAAUAUGAAUCUUUACAUUUGCAUUGUAUGCAGUUACGGUAGUUUGCUGAUUUGCAAGGCGGAGGAUUAAAAUGCAUUCAAACUUCUCUAGCAAUUCAUUCAUGGCUUUGUUUUUUUUGCUUUUUUUUUCUUAUUUUAACAGCAUUGUUCUGGCUGUAUUUUGUGCUGAUGUUGGCUGCUAGGUUUAAUUUAUUUGUUUCCCUCCUUGAUAACAUUAGUGAUAUUCUGAUUUACUUUUUUUUUUUUUUUUUUUUUUUUUUUAGCUCAUGUAACUUUGGUGAUGAAUCCGCGGGGAAAAAAACUAAUGGGUUGAAUAAAAGUGUUAUUUUGUGCGUUUAGAAA